AUGGACCUGCGCUCUGAGCUCCUGAAGUCAAUCUGGUAUGGCUUCACUGCACUGGAUCUGGAGAGGAGUGGAAAGGUCUCCAAGUCUCAGCUGAAGGUGUUGUCACACAACCUCUGCACAGUGUUGUCCAUCCCUCAUGACCCAGUUGCUUUGGAGGAGCACUUCCGGGAUGAUGAUGACGGUCCAGUCUCCAGUCAGGGUUACAUGCCCUAUCUCAACAAAUACAUCCUGGAUAAGGUAGUUGAAGGUUCCUUCAACAAGGAAGAUGUGGAUGAGCUAUGUUGGACCCUAACAGCUAAGAAAAACUACAAACCUAACAGGAGUUCAACCACAGUUUUGGCCGAGAGGGAUGCAUUUCGGCUUUGGUGCCUUUUUAACUUUCUGUCGGAGGACAAGUACCCUUUGGUGAUGGUCCCUGAUGAGGUGGAGUACUUACUCAAGAAGAUAUGUGCAGCAAUGAGCGUUGAGCUAAAUUGUGUUGAACUGGAGGACUUACUCUCCCAAGAUGCAGUGCAACAGAAAGGCAUUACUGUUUGGUUUUUCUUGGAGAUGAUGGAUGCAGGAAAGCUGGCUAGAGGCAUUGAUAGGAGUGUCAUCAGUAUGGCUAUUGAAGAAGUAUACAGGGAGAUUGUUGGAGAUGUCCUCAAAGAGGGUUAUUUGUGGAAGAAAGGCCAACUCAGGAGAAACUGGAAAGAGCGUUGGUUUACUCUGAAGCCAGGCAACUUGUUGUACUACACUGGGGAGGACCGCAAGGAGUGCCAGGGCAAAAUUGCUUUGGAUAGUAACUGCUGUGUAGAGGUUCUGCCGGACCGCGAUGGUAAAAGGUGCAUGUUUUGUCUAAAAACGCUCUCCAAAUCAUAUGAAAUGAGCUCGUCAGACACCAAACAAAGACAAGAAUGGACAACAGCCAUUCAGACAGCUAUCAGGCUGCAUGUUGAGGGGAAGACGUCCCUGCACAAAGACUUGAAGCUGAAACGGCUCGAGCAGCGUGAGCAGCGUGAAAAGAGGCAGAGGGCCAAGGAGGAGGAGUUGCAGAGGUUGCGGGAUCUACAAGAAGAACGGGAGCGCAAGCUGGCUGAGCUGGAGCUUUUGAGGGAAGCGCAGAAACAGGCCCAAGUUCUCCUAGAGCAGGAUGAAGAGAGGAGGCGACAGCAACACGAGCAGCUCCAGCAGACCUUGGAAGUGCAGCUGCGAGAGGCCGAGGAGGUGCGAAUCAGUAUGCAGGCAGAGAUGGCUCUAAAAGAGGAGGAAGCAGAAAGGCACAGGAAGAGGAUCAGCGAGCUGGAGGAGAUGCAGAAACGACUGGAGGAGGCACUUCAGCAGGAGAUUCGAGCCAGGCUGGAUGAGGAAGCUUUCCGUUACGCUCAAGCAGGGUUACUUGCUGAGGAGGAAGAGAAAAUGAAGGCGCUGAUGACCCUGCAGGAGGAACAGGAAGAGUACAUCCUGAAGACACAGCGGGAGAAGGAGGAGCUACAGCAGGAGAUGGAAGCCAAGUCCCGGGCAUUGGAUGAGGCACAGAGGCAGCUGGAAGAGGUCCGGGCCAAUCGGCAUAGAGUUGACCAGGAUGUAGUGGCUGCUCAGAAAAAACUUCGCCAAGCAAGCACCAACGUCAAACACUGGAAUGUUCAGAUGAACAGACUGAUGCGACCCAUUGGACCUGGCGACAAAAGACCUUUGUCGGGAAGCUUGGUGCCAUCCUUCCAGAUUCCGAGCCAAAGAGAUCCCGGACUGCAUCUCAAAAGAUUUUCAGCAUCUGAGGAUCAAAACGAGGAAUGUAAAGAAAAUCUUAACGACAGCCAUGGUUGCGAUACAGAUAUUGAAAGACGCGAUUCCCACACUUCUAAUGGAGACCUGAACUUCCCCUAA